CUGCCAUUGAAAUCGAACAGAAACGAACCGAACCCCCAAGAUGGAGGUUCUCGGCAAAAUUUUAUUAUUGUGCUCACUGCUAGUCAGUGCCCAGGCUUUCAAGGCCCUCGAACCACCCAAGAGCUCAAACAAGCCGCAAUGGCAAUCCAUGCUGUUCGAUGCUCUGACUGGAAAUCUUCCAGAACCCCAGGCUUAUGAGAAUGCUGACUUGUCGGACUGCACUUCCCUUUACACGGUCGAAAAUAUUGAGAUUCUGGUGACGGCUGGAAUCAAGAUCCAUCGUUGCUACCAACUGGAUGCCAACGAUAUCAGACGUUAUCUUGAAAGCAACGACUUCCUUUACACCAAAGCCAUCUUCGAGGCAGAGCUCUUCGGCUGUUUGCUUCUGGACUCGCGACGAAAGACCCGUGAAUGUUACGCAGAGACCAUCCAAAACCUGCUUGGUGCUGUGCGUCCCAGCCAGCGGGACUAUCGCCGCAAGUGGGCUUGCAUCCUGCGGGAAGUUGAAAAGGCGGUGUUGAAACUCGAUGCCGCUGAAAAGAGUCUGGCCAGUUGCCUUGUCCAGAUCGCUCCACCCCAGAACAGUACCUUGCCACCGAAUGUCAACACCACCACCGAUGGCCCUGGAUGGGGCACCACUCAGUGGCCCAACACGAACACCACACCCAACUUCACCAUCACCACCACCGAGCCAAACUGGGGAAAUUCCACCCUGGAACCGACCUUGAACACUACCUUGGGACCGAAUUGGAACUCCACUGAAGGACCCUGGUGGGGCAACAACUCUACUGAAGGACCCUGGUGGGGCAACAGCACCUCUGGACCCAACUUAAACUCAACUGAAGGACCCUGGUGGGGCAACAACUCUACCGAAGGACCCUGGUGGGGCAACAACUCUACCGAAGGACCCUGGUGGGGCAACAGCACCUCUGGACCCAACUGGAACAACACGACUGAAGGACCUUGGUGGGGCAACAGCACCUCUGGACCCAACUGGAACUCCACCGAAGGACCAUGGUGGGGCAACAACUCUACUGAAGGUCCCUGGUGGGGUAACAGCACCUCUGGACCCAACUGGAAUAACUCGACUGAAGGACCUUGGUGGGGUAACAGCACCUCUGGACCCAACUGGAACAACUCCACGGAAGGACCUUGGUGGGGUAACAGCACCUCUGGACCCAACUGGAACAACUCCACGGAAGGACCUUGGUGGGGUAACAGCACCUCUGGACCCAACUGGAACAACUCCACUCAAGGACCUUGGUGGGGCAACAGCACCUCUGGACCCAACUGGAACUCCACCGAAGGACCAUGGUGGGGAAACAACUCGACAGAAGGUCCUUGGUGGGGCAACAACUCUACUGAAGGUCCUUGGUGGGGCAACAACUCUACUGAAGGUCCCUGGUGGGGUAACAGCACCUCUGGACCCAACUGGAACAACUCCACGGAAGGACCUUGGUGGGGCAACAGCACCUCUGGACCCAACUGGAACAACUCCACGGAAGGACCUUGGUGGGGUAACAGCACCUCUGGACCAAACUGGAACAACUCCACGGAAGGACCUUGGUGGGGUAACAGCACCUCUGGACCCAACUGGAACAACUCCACUGAAGGACCUUGGUGGGGCAACAGCACCUCUGGACCCAACUGGAACAACUCCACUGAAGGACCUUGGCUUGGAAACUCAACCCAAGGACCUAACUGGAACAGCACUCAGGCCCCGGUCUGGAACACAACCACCGUUGGGGCUCCAACCACCACAGAGGGUAACUGGUUCGAUCACCUUAUGGGAGAGAUCCGAAACAUCUUUUAAGACCAGAGAGCAUAAACCCGGUCCGGUAACGGAAAGCGGAGCACUGGUGGUAUAAGCUUCUGGCUGUCCAAUAAAUAAAGUAAUGUCGCAUUGAAAA